AUGGACGUACAUUCAAGGCCUGAAUCGUCACUACCAACCCCCCAGUUGACGUCGUCAUCACGGUUAGGGAAUGUCCCUGAUCAAGAUUUAACGAGAACGAGAUCAAGCCUGCAAUCGUGUCUCGAAUGUCUUGACCGAGUCCAUGAUAGGAUGGACUGUGUUUACAAAGAAUUUCUGGAAAUCCGCACCCGCAUUACAGAGCUGCUUGUCACCGGUCAAUCAGAAAUCACCACAGUGGAGGGUGAUGGCACAUUGGAUAGUAGCGUGGACUUCCAGGCAAUCGUCAGUGGUGAGCCUCAGACCGUCGUGCCACUUGCGUUUGAUGAACUCAAUGCCGUUUCACCGUCGUUGACUCCACCAGAGCUCUCCGUCUCGGCAGAGCCACUAGCAUUCCAAGGCCAAUUUUCAGACCUAAAGUACGGUCCUUUAGAGUUUGGUAUUAUUACCCUGGCGGAGGGUCUUUCCAUCGGUACAAUUCCCCAAGACGUGUUGCUCAAUGGCACCCCUGGUGUCAUCAGCUACGGGCUUGGUGUACCCGGGUUCCUGUCUCAGUAUGACACGGACUCCGAUAGGAAGACCUUGUCCGAGUCUUCAACAAGUCGCGACUUACGUCUUCCCAUUGCGCAGGGCAGCCAACAUAAAGUAAAUUGCAUCUGGCCCGGAUGCUCAAGAGCUAUCAAGAAGGAUAACCUCACUCGUCAUGUGAAUGAGGUGCAUCGGCGGAAGGUCAAGGCUGUCUGCGUUGACUGUGGAAGGAAGUUCGCGCGCCCUUAUAUGUUGAGGGACCAUAUCUGUCGGGCCGAAUGGACAAAGUCCUAGAUAUUUUGCCUUAGUACAUAUUGCGCAUUCCCAAAUUGCACCCGGUGCACUUUGAUUUUGACAAAUCUACUCGAGAUUAGUGAGA